UUCAUUCCACUAAUUAAUUAAUAAACAUUUCAAGAAUUCUUUUGUCUUUCUAUUAAACCCAAAACUUUCAUCAUCUAUUCAUCUUUCAUAAAUACUUCAAAGUCAUCAUCUUUCAAGAAUUCUACCCUCGUCGGUGAAAAUUAAAAAUCUUGUGUGUUUUUCCAUGGAGAUCCGGCAGGAGGAGCGGGAGCAAGAUCAAGAGGCGGCGGGGGAGGAGCGGCGGGGUGGAGUUUUGCUGGAUCUAAGCCUCAGUCGCCGGGAGGGUUCGGACAAGACGCCGCCGCCGCCGGCGGCGGCGGCGGCGGAGGAGGAGUUUCGUGGUCCGAAAGGGAGCAGUGAAACGACGGAGCCGAGGGUUUUCUCGUGCAACUAUUGCCGGAGAAAGUUCUACAGUUCCCAGGCGUUGGGCGGCCACCAGAAUGCGCACAAGCGGGAGCGGACCAUGGCGAAGCGGGGACAGAAAAUGUUGGCGGCGGCGGCGGCGUUUGGGUACGACGCGCCGAUGCAUAGAUACCCCAGCAUGGCUUCUCUCCCGUUGCAUGGCUCGUAUAACCGCUCUCUUGGCAUUCAAGCUCACUCCAUGAUCCACAAGCCCGGCGGCGGCUAUUUUGGUGCCCCGGCCACCGGCGCUGGGCCCUACGGCUACAGUGGGUGGCCCAGAAGGCCGCUUGAUCAACAGCCGGCCGUCGGACGCCUGCCCCCCACGGAGUGUUUAGGGUCGUCGUCGAACAGCGGCGCCGCUAGAUUUGAUAGUGAGCCGAAGUUCCCUCCGCUAGUUGACGGCGGAAUCCGAUGGGAUAGCGUCGGCAGAGGUGGCGGUGCUUCUCAUAUCAAGAUUAACAAUCAAGAUGAGUUGAAUAAGUUAGACUUAUCCCUUAAACUGUAGUUCUAGUUUUUUUUUUUCCGGAAAAUUUUAAAAUUUGU